AUGGAAUACCUGACCAGAAGCUUGAAGAACUUAAAGGAUCAACCUAACUUUAACUACCACCCAAGGUGUGAAAAAAUGGGCAUCAUCCAACUUAGUUUUGCUGAUGACUUGCUAUUGUUCUGCCGGGGAGAUAGGGUGUUUGUGCAAUUACUAUAUGAGUGCUUCAACAGUUUUUCACAAGCUUUAGGCUUAGUGGCAAAUCAGAAGAAGAGCAGCAUCUAUUUUGGAGGUGUCUCAAGUGCAGUACAACAGGAGAUGACUCAAAUCACAGGGUUCAGCAUAGGUGAAUUGCCUUUUCGAUACUUAGGUGUUCCAUUAAGUACAAAAAAGCUAUCAGUAAGCCAAUGCCAACCAUUGCUAGACAAAAUGCUGGGGAGAAUUAAACAGUGGACAGUGAAGUUUCUGAGCUAUGCAGGAAGAGUACAACUGAUCAAAAGUGUACUUAUUGCUAUACAGUCCUUUUGGUCACAGAUUUUUCCCUUGCCAAAAAAGAUCAUUCAACAGGUUGAAUCAAUUUGUAGGAAAUUCCUAUGGACUGGUGACACUAGUUCGAGCACGAAGGCUUUAGUGACAUGGGACAUGCUAUGCAGACCUAAAACUAAGGGUGGACUGAAUGUCACAGACCUCAAUACAUGGAAUAGGGCAGCUCUGCUGAAGCAUCUUUGGAACUUGGGUAAGAAAAAAGAUAAACUAUGGAUCAAAUGGGUGCAUGCAUACUAUAUAAAAGGAAGGGAACCAUGGGAAGUUGAUGCAAAGCAAGCUUCUCGGAUUGUAAGGAAGAUACUACAAGCUGGAAAAUACUUGACAGAAGCAUGGUUGGACACAGGAAGGGUAGUGCAAGCUGAUUCAUUCUCUAUUAGAGGAAUGUAUAAGCAACUAAGAGGGGAAUUUCCGAAGGUGAACUGGAGUCGAUUGCUGUGCAACAACAGAAGCUGUCCAAAAUGGAAAUUUAUCUUGUAUCUAGCAGUACAGGGGAAUUUAUAUACAAAAGAUAGACUGAUAAGGUGGGGAAUGCAAGUAAGCCCAGAAUGUCCAAUGUGUGAGCAUGAGAUGGAAAGUCACAACCACAUAUUUUUUACUUGCACUUUCUCUGAAGAUGUUUGGAGGAGAUUACUAAAAUGGAUGGAUAUCAAUAGAGAACCAAAAGGAUGGAAUGGGGAGAUCAAGUGGGCAAUAGAACAUGUGAAAGGUAAUGGAUCUAAAACCAUGUUGUACAGGCUGUGUAUGACUGGAGUAGUGUAUCACAUAUGGCUGGAAAGGAACAGAAGACUCUUUCAGAAGAUUAAGAGAAGUAGUGAAGAUAUUACUAGACAAAUAGUUAGAGACAUUCAUUGUAUAGGAUAUAGUCAUAGUAGAUUGAGGAAUAGUUUGCAAAAGCUCAACUAUUAUCCUUAG